GGCGCUUAACUAAGCUGAGGGUGUCAGUUACUGCAACCAAAAUCCACAAUGCAGGUGGUCGCACAGGACUCUGCUCUGAUGGGGAGCGGCGGCAUUGCCUUUCGAAAAGGCGUGUCCGCUUUUUCAUUGCAGGCUUCUCAGGAGGUCAGAUGCCCCAUAUUAACACCCGCAUCAUGCUCCCUCCAUUCCCAAAAAUACAUGACGUCAGCAUGGCUUGGAAACCCUCAAGGGCAUAGGAACAACUCGGUAUUUGACCUCAACCCUUCAUCGGUCUGCGACUUGAACCAAAGUUGGCCAGCUCUGCUUAGGCGGUCCAAAUGCAGACGGCGGCCUGGACCAAUCAAAGCAUCUGCUUAUCCGAACUCCGACCCUGACUCUUCUCCCAACGGUGCCUCAUCUCCAUUCAGCUCUGCCUCCAAUCCAAACCCAAACUCUGAAUCCAGCCUACGAGAAGCAGUGCUCCAAUUGAAAACCGAGCAGCAAAACCUGCGGUUAGUUUCAGAACAGCCGUCCACAAGACCAGCUUGGGAGGUCGGGGUGAGGUCAGCGAAGAGUGGGCCAUCAAAUGGGAUCACGCUCAUACGGAGGACAGUGCGGGGGGGGCAGACGGAGGAUCAUCCAGGGACGGUGGUGGUCUUUGGCGACGUCAACCGGCAGAGCGUCAUCUCAGCCGGCGGUGACAUCAUUGUUUGGGGACGCCUGCGGGGAGAGGCCCAUGCUGGCAAGUUUGGGGAUCGGAAAAGCGUCAUCUGCGCACUUGAUAUGGCCCCCACAAAACUGAACAUAGCCGACAAAGUUGCGUACGGACCAGAGGGGAAGGGGUCGCACUAUCCGGAGGUUGCGAGCAUUGAUGCGGGGGGAAACAUACAGAUCGAGCCAUCCCUCUUCUACCAGAAUCCUGCCGGCCAAAGUGGCGCCAACCGCUCUAAAGACGGCCACACACCUCUGACCAAGCCCGCUUGGGCCGCACUGUUUACUGGGGCGUACAUCUCGGUCGUCGGUUUGGCCGUGUUACUAUGGCCUGUCAAGCUCUUCGGGCUUCUGUUCAACGUGAAGUCAAUUAGCCCGGGGUGGAUUCGAGUCGGGGGCGUGCUGGCCAUGGUAUUCGGUGCCUACUAUUUGGGGACCCCCCUGCUGGCCCAACAAGGCCUAGGCGCAGAGGCGUUCUACUGGUCCACCGUCGUUGGCCGCGUGUUUCUCUUCACCGCUUUCUGCUUACUGGUCGCCCUUCGGCUUGCGCAACCGGGGCUGCUUGUGCUCGGAGCGGUCAACCUGGCGGGGGCCUUUGCAAUGUAUCAGGCGCUCAACUUUGAAGAUAAGAGCGAACGGGACUCGUGAUCUGGAGCCACAAAAUCUUGAACGGCCAAGGUCCAAAGCCCCGCAGUGUAUUCGACCUUACUAACACGUACAGUCUGGAAUUUGUAAGCUCUCCCCUCAAUGUCAGCAUCCACUGGAUGCCCUUGUAUCAACGACAAAGCCUUUCUGUCGGGAGAAGCAUGGCAACAGUGACUUCGCAAGCUUGAACGGGUGCGUGGAGACGCGCUUAUAC